CCUGUAAUUUUAAUAUUUGAAUUUUAAAAUUAAAAUACUUUAAUAUGAAAUAGUUUUCAGUGAAUUCCGCUGUAAUAAGCAGUAGAUGAGCUAACAUGUCAGGUGCACAAUGUCUGAGGAUUUAGAGAAGUGUAACUUAUUUGAUUUGUGUGAAAAUCCUCAUCAAAACGUAACCACAGUGUACCCAGACACGAUGACGUCACUCCUGUCUGGCUCGCUCGCACGAAGGAGGGAGGGAGGGAGGAGGAGGAGGAGGGGGGCGCACGGGGACGCGAGAGAGGAAGGAGGGGGAAAAAAAAACCUCAGCCAUCAUCAGCGCCCUAGCGGUGCGGGGUCACGAACUAUGACCUUUAAAAGAAGAAAACCAAAACAAACAUUUAUUAAAACAGCAGAGCGUCCCAAAUCCACGAGCACCGUUCCCCGCAGACCUCACUAAUGACCUCACAUCAUCAUGGCAUCCAGCCUGAAUCUGCUCGCUCAGCAGAAAGUGGAUUCUGAGCACGAGGCAGAGGUUCCGUCCUCUCCGUCAGACUCCGCAAUGAGUGAGUCUCCUCAGCGCUUUCAGUUCAUUUCAACUGAGCCUGCGACAACACCACAGCGUAUACAGAUUGUAACUGACCAGCAGACAGGUCAGAAGAUUCAGAUAGUGACCACGAUGAACCCAUCAUCCACUGCUCCCAAGCAACAGUUUAUUCUUACAACAGCUGACAGCUCAGGGGGCAAGGUUAUCCUGGCCUCACCAGACAGCCACAACACUAAGCAGCUGAUCUUCACUGCUGCAGACAGCCUGAUGCCAGGAAGAAUACAGAUUGUCACAGAUCCAGUGUCUAUGGAACGGUUGUUAGGACAGUCGGGGGACCUGAGCCGGUCACAGCCAAUAGAGUACUGUGUGGUGUGUGGGGACAAGGCUUCAGGGCGUCACUAUGGAGCAGUCAGUUGUGAGGGAUGUAAAGGCUUCUUCAAGAGGAGUGUGAGGAAGAACCUGACCUACAGCUGCCGCAGCAAACAGGACUGUGUCAUCAACAAACACCACCGCAAUCGCUGCCAGUUCUGUCGGCUGAGGAAAUGCCUUAAGAUGGGAAUGAAGACUGAGUCUGUCCAGAGUGAGAGAAAACCCAUUGACAUAUUGCCCAGGGAGAAACAUGCCAAUUGUGCUGCCUCCACCCAGAAGAUCUACAUUCGCAAAGACCUAAACAGUCCACUCAUCGCUACACCGACCUUUAUCUCAGAUACAGAGACAGAUGGAUCCAGAUCCAGCCUGCUGGACCAGGGGAUGCUGGUUAACAUCCAGCAGCCGGUCAUCCAAACUGAUGGAACUUUGCUGUUGGCCACUGACUCAAAGAUGGAGUCUGGGCAUGGGGACCUGGGGACACUAGCCAAUGUGGUGACAUCGUUGGCCAACAUGAGCGACUCGCUGAAAGAAAACCUAAACAAUGGCAAUGCGUUGGACAGCCAACAAGAGGAGCAGUCUGCCAGUGAGAUAACUCGUGCCUUUGACACCCUGGCGAAAGUCUUCAACCCACCUGAGAGACGGAGUCUGUUGGAUAAGUGUAUCAGCGGAACAACAAUCCAGCUGAUUGGUAGAGACCAGGAGACCCCCAUCAUUGAAGUGGAGGGACCACUGCUCACGGACAGCCAUGUCGGCUUUAAGCUGACCAUGCCCAGCCCUAUGCCGGAGUAUCUGAAUGUACACUACAUCUGUGAGUCAGCGUCCAGGCUUCUUUUUCUCUCCAUGCACUGGGCACGCUCUAUCCCUGCCUUCUCAGCACUCGGUCAAGAGGCAAACACCAAUCUGGUGCGAGCCUGCUGGAAUGAGCUGUUCACUCUGGGUCUGGCUCAGUGCGCUCACAUGAUGAAUCUGUCGACCAUCCUCACUGCAAUCAUUAACCACCUACAGAGCAGCAACCAGGAUGACAAGCUUUCAGGGGAGAGGGUGAAGCAGGUGAUGGAGCACAUCUGGAAGUUCCAGGAAUUCUGUAACGGCAUGACAAGGCUGGAGACGGACAGCUACGAAUAUGCCUACCUGAAGGCUAUAGUGUUGUUCAGCCCAGAUAAUUGUGUGUUAGAUCACCCAGGUGUGGACAGCAGUGGACAGAUUGAAAAGUUACAGGAGAAGGCGCUGAUGGAGCUGCAGGACUAUGUGCAGAAAACAUAUCCUGACGACAUGUACAGGUUGACCCGUAUCUUGACUCGUCUCCCCGCCCUACGCCUCAUGAACUCAAGUAUCACAGAGGAGCUCUUCUUCACUGGUUUAAUAGGUAAUGUUUCUAUUGACAGCAUUAUUCCCUACAUCCUCAAGAUGGAGACAGCUGAAUAUAACAGCCAAGACUCUGAUGCUACAGACUGACAUUGCCACCACUCCAGGACUCACAAAUGCUAAUUAAGACAUGCCAUUGUCUCUGUCACAGGUUAAAGGGUUUAGUUUUGAACUCCAGUCUAAAUCCAGCAGUAACCUCUUGUUUUCUGACUGUACGUGGUACAUGGUCCAAAGUCAUGCAGGAAUCCUUGGUAUGUUAAGACGAGCCAUCAUUUCAGGACCUGGAUGACACUCUGAAUGUCUUCUGGAGCUGAUAUACUGUGGUCCUCUUUAGUUUCUGGCCUAAACUAAGCCACACCAAAAAAAAAAGAGAAAGAAAUGUUGAGCGAAAUCUCUGCAGCUGCAGCCACACUCAUCUCCUGCAAUGCAUUUAUAGCACUUAAAGCUUGUUACAUGUGAACUUUACCCUUUAGCCACACCUGUCAAAUACUUUUACAUUUUAAAGCCUAACCAUGCUCUCAAGUUUAUCAAGGUGUCAUCAAAUGAGACAUUAUUUAAACAGUUUGAAAAAAGUUCACAUAUUUUAAACUCCAAUCUUAUUCCUUAACUGUAUUUUUAGGCUGUAAAUUAUUUUUAUUUAUGUUGGCCUCUAGGAAUACUGCUUCAUUAUUAUCUUAAAUGCCUAACGACUAUUCUAAGUUGUUGUUUUUAAAUUUCCAUAGUGACACAGUUGUCACUCUAAUAAAAUCCAAAUAAUAAUUGGCAGCACUUCAGUCAGGAAGAAAUAACUGAAACAUAAGCCCUUAAUCACACCAUUAAGCUUCAAAUUAUUUAUUUUGCCCAAUUAUUCACUUUUAAUUUUCGCCCUCGGAAUCACAUAAAACAAAUGUUCUCUUUUAUAUUGAAACACAUUCAGAGCUUUUAUGUGUAGAUACACUCUGGGCCACUGUGAAUAUGUUUAUAUUUUAAGCAGUGCAAUCACCACGUCACUCAUCUUUUUACGACAAUCAGUUGAAACGCUGUUUCCCCUCCUGUCGUGUUCUCAAUCUGCACUCCGUAUAUAUCAUUAGUGGCAAGUAUUUCUUCAAAAUAUGGCAUCAUCUUCACGUCUUUGAGUUGAGAAAUGUUACUUAUGGGUAGCUAUGCUACUCUUUAUACUGUUUGCAUUUGUAUGCUGCUAAAUGCACAUCAAUCAGAUUUUGUGGUGUUUCGCUGCAGUCAUUCUGACUAAAAUGUUUGUGUUUUGUAUGUUUUCUAAAAACUUUGAUUUGUUGUGUGUACAAAUUUGCUUGUUGCAUAUGAAGUGUACUUAAAAGUACUGGGCAGGUUACCCUGAUUGUAAAAAAAAAAUAACAACAGAAAAACAAAGUGAGGAAUACAAAGCUCAUGAGUGAAGCCAGUCUUAGGUGUCAGUGUUUCCAUGGUUUUGUUAGAGAGCGGGACAUCCACUGCACUUAUUUUUCUUUGAUGUUUUGACCUGAGAUUCAGAUUACUGGAUGUAUCUCAGCAUCGUUUCCACCCAUUUGUAAUGAAGACAGACAUCAGAUGUGCUCACUAACCUGACUGUCGAUGUUCAUACCAAAUUGUAAAAUUCUAGAAGUAGAUCAAACUGAUCUUUGUCUACUUUUAAAUUAGCUUGAGGUACUUGAAUUAGUUGGUGGAGGAGAGGAGGCUCCAGACAUGACAAGUUUGUUUUCCCUUUUUCCACACAUGCAUCGAGUAGGAAAGCUUCUGUGAGGAAAAGCAGUGCUCGUAACCCAUUAUCUUUGUUUUGAUUUUAAUUAAUACAGUGACGUUGCAGAAAUGAACAAAGGAACGGCCUCCAAAAGCUUGAAUUGCACUUUAAGAGUGUUCAACCUCUUUGAAACAGAACACAGACAAACAUAACUACUAAGAAAAAAGAAAAAGAGUGCAUAAAUUAAGUAAAUUACAUUUUAAAAGCACUGCUAUGCAACGGUCCGUGUCAGUCUAGCGUUCCAUGCCUGCCCACUCGAUCUCAAAUUCCAUUCCAGUAGCAGCCAUUUCUCACCAUGAAGUUGCCCUCAUUUGUGUUUCCUUGUAUUCUUUGAGUUCUGAGUUGUACAUGUGUGGGUACUGGUGGACUUCCUCAUAUAAACUCAAGCAAGUCUCCA